AUGUUGGUGAUGUAAAUUGGGUUGUAUUCCAUCAUCAAAUGAUAAUUGUUGUUUCUGGUUCAGACAAGUUAUAAAAUGUGAAGAUAUAAUGAGACAAAAGCUUGAGAAGUUGAUAUUUAUCGAGGAUAAUAUUAUAAUACAUAUUAUAUAUAUAUAUAUAUAUCAUCUAUUCGUAUUAUUCUAUCCAAAUCCAGAGUUGAUUUUGUGGAUAAACGUAUUCGAGUUUGGGAUAUGCAAAAACGCACAAGACUUCAUGUUUUCAGGUAAUUUUGAGAUUUUGUGCAGAAAUAUGUAUAUCUCAAAUUCGAGAAAGAAAAUCUACUUAUAUAUAUAUAUAUAUAUUUCUGGAAAAAAUGUGACGUCGAGCUGAAGUUUCAUAAGCUCGAGUCUUCAGAUCGUCAGAAUUUUGUGAUUUUUCGAGCAAAAUCCAACUUUUCAAAUUUUCAGACACAAGAACGAACGCUUGUGGGUCGUUGCUGCUUAUCCAAGUUUGAAUAUGUUUGCCGCCGGACAUGACAACGGAAUGGUUGUUUUCAAAAUUCAAACAGAACAUCCAGCUUAUUUUGUCAAUGAGAAUCUCGUUUUUUAUGUCAAAGAUAAACAAUUGAGAAAACUCGAUUUCACCACAAACUUAGUUUUGAAGAAAUAUUGGUAG